AUGGGUGUUGUCAAGCUUGAUGACUCACCUAGCACAGAAAAUCUGCUAUCCAAUCAUACCGAUAAGGGAGUGAAUAUGACGAGCGAAAGUAGGGGAGAAGAAGUCAAGAGCGACAUUGCUGAAGUAAAAACUCCGUUGAAAUGGGUCUGGAGAGAGAUGGCGAAGAAAGGGCUAGUUAUUUCAGAUUUUGAAGAAAGGUAUGAGGCUGAAAACUAUUGUGAAUUCCACCGUGAAGUAGGACAUGAGAUUCAAGAAUGUAAGGGAUUCAAGGCUCUGGUCCAAAACAUGAUGGAUAACAAAGAGAUGAGGUUUUAUAAAAAGGUGAAGGGUAAAGGAAAUAUUUGCGCAUCAGAGCCAGUAAAGAAGACUCCGAAAAUGAAUCAUCCUGUGGUCAUCAUUUUAUGCCCUCGGAGCAAUGAGUUUAGGGUUCAGAUAACACCAAAAAUUAUAAUCCAGAAACCAUCAAAUUUCUCAUAUAAGGAUAGCAAAAUGGUGUCGUGGAAUUAUGGGUGCAAUGUGACAAUCUUGGGAAAAGAAGCGGAGAGAAAUCAGGAAAUAGGUUCUUACACGCGCAAUGGGAAGCGAUAUGAUGCUCAGGCAGAAUCGUCAAGAGAAGAGAAUUGGAAAAAAGAGCAGAGGAAAGGGAAGGCAGUGGAAGUUGAGCCAUUGGUUAAUGAGCCAAUAAAGGAAGAGGAGGCAAAUGAGUUUUUAAAGUUUUUGAAACACAGCGAAUACAGCGUUGUGGAACAACUGUGCAAACAACUGGCCCGCAUUUCUAUAUUAACUUUGCUCCUAAGUUCAGAAGUACAUCGAAGUGCACUAAUGAAAGUACUAAAUGAAACAUAUGUGGCUGAUGAUAUUUUGGUAAACAAGCUGGAUUGGUUGGUCAACAAUAUAAGUGCUGACAAUUUUAUCUUCUUCAGUGAUGACGAAAUACCAUCUGGAGGAAGGGGUUCUACUAAAGAUCUGCACGUUACUACCCGAUGCAAAGGGUACACACUCCCGGGGGUCUUGGUUGAUAAUGGAUCUGUACUGAACGUAUUGCCUUUAUCUACUCUUAGUCGGUUACCGGUGGACAGUUCAUAUAUGAAAGCAUGCCAGACCAUAGUAAGGGCAUUUGAUGGAACGGAAAAGAGGGUUGUGGGGAGAAUUGAUGUACCGUUAAGGAUUGGCCCAACUACUUAUGAGGUGGACUUCUUGGUAAUAGAUAUUAAGCCUUCCUACAACUGUUUAUUGGGAAGACCAUGGAUGCACUCAGCUGGGGCAGUACCUUCAUUGCUACAUCAGAAGGUGAAGUUAGUAUCAGAGGGUCGGUUGAUAAUAAUAAAUGCGGAGGAAGAUAUCAUCGCAAUAGUAACUGGUGAUGCACCUUAUGUGGAAAUUAACGAUGAGGCAGUGAAAUGUUCUUUUCGGUCAUUAGAAUUUGUGAAUGUGAUGUUUAUUACUGAAGGAAGCAGAAUUUCGGUACUGAAAAUAUCCAGGACCACAGAGAUGGGGUUGCGAUUGAUGAUUGGAAGAGGAGCUUCACCCAGGAAAGGAUUGGGAAAAUAUCUUCAAGGAAAGAUUGAAACACCGAUGCUGAAGGAAAAGUUUGAUAGUUUUGGCUUAGGAUACGAGCCAGACAUGAAGCAGAAGAAGAAAGAAGUAGAGAAAAGACAAGAGAGAAGAAGGGCACGUUUAAGCGAAUAUGAAGUUAAGUGGGAGCCUUUGACCUUUCCCCACAUAUCUACAUCUUUUGUGUCGGAUGGGUUUAUUCACCCUGAGCGAGGAGUGUCCAGAAGCGAAGGCAUUGAAGAAACAACGGAGAAAAAGGCCCUGUUGGAGAUCUGCCCUUACGAACCUGGGAGCGACCUAAACAAUUGGACUGCGAAAGAAAUCCCUGUAGUCUUUAUGGCUUAUUCAGAGUAA